CGCCCUGCGCGCUGUCCUCAUCACGCCUCUGAGUCGCUGCUCAAGCUUCCUGCUCGACCUGGCCGCCGCUCGUUGUCUCCUCUUGCUGGUGGCCCUGCGCCGGCCGUUUGUCUUCCUCAGCAGGUCCAGGGCAACGAAUGAGCAGAUGCUCAGAUGACCAGGCUGCCCGGCUUCUCCCUGUUUGCCGUAGCGUACUGUACUCUAACAGCGCUGCAGCCAUGGUGAUGAUGAUGAUGAUGAGAGAGCAAGCAGCAGGAGGAAGAGGAUGGUGGAGGGGGAGUCAGGGCGGGGCGGCCAGAGGCAGGAAGCUGCUCACACAGACCACCGUGGGACCACAGCAGAGGAAUAUGGCUCGGUGGCAUCCACUCCAGAUUCAACACCUCCGUGCACCGACGGUGGUAAUGAGGAGUCGGAGCUGUACGAGCUGCAAACUGCGAGGGAGUGGUCGGAGGACGAGGAGGUGGGCUACGACGACGACGACACCCUGGCGUCGUCCCCAUCCGUCUGGGGCACGCCGCGUCAGAGCUCCCUCGAGCUGACCUUCUCCUACAUCGCCAUCGCUGAGCCCGAGGCUCUGGGAGCAUCGCGGAGCCACCGGGACAGGCGUAGGGUCAGCUCUCGGGGGAGCCGCGCCUCCAUUGCGCGCACGGACACCCCAGACACGUCGUUGGACUCCCCCGACGUCGACUGGGACCCCCACGGCUUCCUGAGCAACGAGCACGAGGAGGCGUCAGAAAGCAGCGAUCAGGAGAGGGUGGAGAUGAGAACAGAAAGCCCGAGGAGGAGAAGGGAGAGGCGAGCUGAGACCGUAACAAUGCAGCCAUGUCCUCAAAGUGUAGAGGCCGAUGCCGGGAUCCAAAGCGAGGAGAGACAUUUAAUACAGACUGGGUCGCUUCCUUUAGCAUCAUCGCAAAUACAGAUACUUCCAGCAGCGACGACAACAUCAGCCCCCAAGCCUGAGUCACCCGCAGCAGAGGAGCCCCCACGACCCACCGACCCUGUGUCCUCGUCGCCUGCCGUCGUCACUCAAACCACUCAGGAACAGCCGUGUCAGAACUCGUCCUUCGACCCCUCAGAAAGCCCCCACAUAGCAGAAACCGUCUCUCUGGGAAUCAGGAAAGAUCAGCUAAUUGUGUGGAAUGUAUUCCUGGCAUGGGAAGAAGUCGUCAAAACACACGUGAUGGACUUGAUCUAUUGGAAGGACACGGAGCGAACGGGCAUAGUGCUGACGGGCUUAGUGGUGGUUCUACUGAGCUUGUUCCAGCUCAACGUCAUCACAGUGGUCUCCACGUUGUCCCUGAUCAUCAUGUGUGUCACCGUCCCAGUGCGCGUCUACUACAGAAUACUCUACACCCUCAAUUGGGGCGACGGAGUACACCCCUUCAAGUCCUACUUGGACAUGGACAUCAGCCUGAGCGGAGAGCACGCUGACCUGGUCAUGCAGAAACUCAUCGUUAUGACUCUGUCUGCCGUGGACAGUCUGAAAAGACUCGUCUUUGUCGGAAACCUAUUUGACUCUCUAAAGUUGCUGUUUCUGCUGUACCUUGUCACAUACAUUGGAGAUCUGUGCAAUGGCCUCACCCUCCUCAUCAUAGGAGUGAUUGCUCUCUUUUCUUUGCCGCUUUUCUACCGACAGCGUCAGGAGCAAGUGGACCGGGUGAUAGCAAAAAUCCAGGCCCAAAUUGACAACAUUAAGGACUUUCUGCAAAGAUUGGCCCAAGGUGGCGGCCCUCCUCCCGACACGACCCCGUCUGUUGCCAAACCUGAAGGCCAAUAAACUCCCAACGGAUGUCAGGUUGAAGAAGAAGAGGAAGAAGCUGCAGGCGGUCACUGCGAUGUCUUACCAGCAGUCUGAGAGCUCCACCAAACCAGGAGAGGAGGACGAGGGACGUUUACUUAACUGGAGGGUUUACAUGCGGUACUUUAUGUGCUGUUCAGUGUGUGUGUAAGUUAUUGGCCUACUAACUUCGAAGUGGUUUUAAAUGUCUGUUGACAAGCUGUCGUCCAAAUGGAAGGAAAUGGAAACAAAGUGAGGAAAGGGAGGUGAGAGGUCAGGGUGAAAAACAAAAACAGGGGUCAUUAUUACUCAUGGCAUCUAGUCUUCAUUGUCAUGACUGAAUCGUGUGUGUGUGUGUGCGUGUGCGUAUGUGUGUGAGGUAAAUGAAGUGUAACAAUCAAUUAAAGUCACUUCAUCUUUCUUUUUCAAGCUUUUUAUUUCCCUUUUUUCCUUCACGUCUUGCAAUUUGACCAUGAACAAAUAUGUUUAAUUGUAGUUACGAAGAAAAUCAUUGAUGUGUUUUCUUAUGAGGAAUUGGAAGAGCAGGUGCCUUUUCUUACUGUGUAUGAUGGUAAUAAUAACUCUUGUCGCUAAUGAUAAAGAUUGCUGCCCCUCCUCAUAAGGAACCACCUCCCUUGUAUUAGCCAUGCACUUUUAUAUACCUGUAUGAUGCCUUUGUGGUGACAUGACAAUGGCUAUCUUGUAAGUAAAUAUCACUUUUAGAUUGAAUAAACAUUGUUCAGGAUAGUUUCCCAAUAAGUACAAGUCUUGUUUUAGUUUGCAAUAUGACAAACUGACAUAUUUAGCUGCUAUUGCAGUAUAGUAAAAAUGUGA